AUGCCCACAGCACCAAAGCCAAAGUCCACACCCGCUGCCUCAUCUCCCUCACAACCUGAGAAGAUGCUGCCCAGCAUGCACACAUCUGCCGCUCUCCUCUACCUCUGCCUCGGCCUCGGCCUCAGCCUCCUGCUCAGCCCUGCCUCUGCCCUCUACAAGCAGUGGGUCCCGGACACCAACUACGAGAAUGCCACCAACUGGGACAAGGGUUCGGUGCCCUGCGGCAGCGACAGAGUGCACUUCCCAGCAGGCAGACGCGUGUCUGUGUACGUGGAGACGGUCCACUCGGUGCUGGAGAUGAGGCUGCCAGUGGACGGGGAGGUGAUCCUGUCCUCGGGGGCAGCUUUCGCCGCCGCGUCCACCCCCGGCCAGGGGGAGCCCGGAUGUGGAAACGGGGUGACGGCCACCUUCAAGGACUCGGAGGAGCUCAAGUGGUUCGACCCCCAGCUGUGGAGGGCUGCGGCCACCUGGGACGACCUGCAGGCCGGACGCUACGUGUUCGCGGUGCACGAGGAGAGUGUGCCGUGUCGAGCGGACGACGUGGUGUUCCGCCCGGUCUCCUCGUUCCGCGUGGAUGUCUCCUCCAGCCAGAUGUCGGUGCCUGUGAAGAGCGUCUCGGUCAUGGGCCAGAAGUUCGACAGCGGCUCCUCCUUCUCCACGUACCUGUCCUCCCGCUCGGGCCAGCUGCAGUUCCACGGCUCCGCCUCGCCGGUCGUCACGCCCUCGGCGGGCUGCAACGACGCCACGGGGUGCGAGUGCGGGAACGCGGCCGAGCGCGAGCGCAUCUGCUCGGCCGUCACGUGUCCCCAGGUGGCCUGCCUGAAGGUCCUGCGGCCCGUGGGCCACUGCUGUGACGUGUGCGGUGCCAUCGUGUCCCUGCGCUUCUCCGGGGCGUUCAACCUGGAGUCGUACCGCCAGCGCCUGCUGCACCUGGUGCUCAACAAGCCCUCCUACAGCUCCGUGCGCAUGGCCCUCUCCAAGGUGGCGGAGCAGCAGAGGAUGUGGGGCUUCAUCCCGCGAGGGACCCAGCCCAAGAUCCAGGUGCUGCUGGUGGAGGAGGGCAGCGGGGAGUACGCCAGCUAUCUGGCGGAGGCUGCGGCCAAGGACAUCAUGGCAGAUGCCCGCUCCAACGGCGCCGAUCUGGGCAUCGAGGAAGCGAACGUGGAGCUGUCGUCCGGGGACGGGGGUGGCGGAGAGGCGGGCGUGAUAGCGGGGGCGGUGAUCGGGGUGUUGCUGGUGGUGGUGGUGCUGUUGGGCAUGGGGCUGUUCCUGCACCGGCGGGGGUCCAUCUCCAUGCCCAGUCUGCCAAAGAUGCCCUCCUGGAGGAAGGGCAGCGGCGGGGCUGUGGGGGAGCUGGGGGGCCCGCUGGAUCACGGCUUUGACAACCCCAUGUUCGAUAAGCCCACCCUCAUGCCCUCGGAGCCAGAGCUGUACGGGGACUCGGCCAACUCUAUAUCCAUGACUCAGUCGGGAGUGCACUUUGUCAACCCGGCCUACGACGAGAACGAGACUGACUUUACCGCAUAACACACCACAAUAUGAGA